CUUAGAGGAAACACCUGUUUACCUGGUUCAGGUGAGAGCGAGAGGCGAAUAGAGGAACUAGCAAAGAAAGCAGCUGAUAGCACUACUGUGUUUGUGGGAUUACUCUAAACUUGGUUGUUCUGUUAUAAGGUUUCCUGUGAGAGAAGCUGACAUUUGGCUAUGAGAAAGUUCUGGUUUAACUUCUCCCUACCUUUGGCUGCAUUAUACAUCACUGCAGUAUGUCUAAAUCAUGCAGCUCUUACUUUGGCCGUACAGGUGACAUCCUCAGGACCGCAGACAAUCAAGAAAGCCCAGGGGGAGAGUGUUACUCUGGGUUGCACAUACUCCUUGGAUGCCUCAGAUGUCGGAGACCUGGACAUUGAGUGGACACGCGUCAGUCAAGACAUGACCCAGAAAGAUGAGCUGAUCUUAUCCUACACUGGAGGGAAACAGUACCAGCUAGGAAGCCCAGACCUGAUGAGUCGCUUGAAGUUUGUUACCGACCCGAGCCGCGGCGACGCCACGGUCAGCUUUUCCAGCCUCAAGGCCUCGGACACGGCCACGUACCAGUGCAAAGUGAAGAAGACACCCGGCAUCGAUUCGAGGAAAGUCACUUUAGUAGUGCUGGUACGACCUUCGCCCCCGAAAUGCUGGGUGGAAGGUAGCGAGGAGAAGGGCGGAACCGUUUCGCUCCGCUGCAAAUCUUCCCAGGGUUCAUCUCCUCUAAAAUAUGCAUGGAAGAAAGAAAGCGGAAACCUGCCACCAACCGCGACACCGAAUCCCCAGACAGGAGAGCUGCUAAUCAGAAACCACAGCGAGAGCUACACAGGGAGGUACCUCUGUGAGGUCAGCAAUGAAGUAGGAGCUGAGCAAUGCACAUACGCCCUUCAAGCAUAUAACCCAACCAAUAAAGUGGGAGUGAUUAUGGGAGCUGUGAUUGGUGCAUUGCUGUUGCUGCUCCUCCUCCUUUUGCUAAUCUGGCUCCUGAUUUGCUGCUGCAACAAGCGGCGCUAUGAAAAAGAGAUCGCUAAUGAGAUCAGGGAGGACGCUGCAGCUCCGGAGAGUCGCCCGGGAAGCCGCAACUCCAGCUUCCGUUCUGUACUGAACUACCGCGUCCAUCCUGGGAUCCAUUACAGCUCUGUUGGUAAAGCCGAUGUCACACGGGCCGCAUCCGGUCGCAGCAGUACCCACACCGAACGCAGCAGGGUCCAAAGGGAAGCCAGCAUGCUUGCGUCUGAUCACAGGCCUCCGCUCAGAUAUGACAGCAAAUACGGAUACCCAGUAUAACCACCGACGCCCUGCCAGGGAACAUGGCAUUGAAAAUAUUAAACUCAGUCGAAAGAUGCAAUAAUGUGCAAGACCAUGGCAAGAUUGGAGGACAUUAAAUCUGCACAGAAGAAUAUUCACACUUGUGAAUUUUUCUAAUGUUCAGGAUAGAGAUCUGCUAAUAUAUAUGUAUAGUUUUGUUGAUGUAUUUUUGUAUAAUUGUUUUAUAUGCAUUUAGGUGAAAUGUGGUCAAAAUGAUGCAUGUUAUCACAUUAUGAUGGUAAUUUGAAUAUAUUAAACUAACAAGCCUUUUAAAUUCUUUAUAACAAUAAAUUCAGUCUUUUAAGACUGAUAGUGAUAGUGUCAUUGGAGUGGUUGUUUACAAGGAUGAUUAUAUAACAAAUAUCAAUUUAUAUUAGAAAAAAUAAUGCUUUUAUUUACAUUUUAAAGAUGAUUUUAAGAGAUGAUCCCAUCAUCAGAGCAGUUUCAAGGACCUGAUUGCACAGGACUUUAUUUUUCUUUUUUGAGUUUAAAAAGCUAGAUGCGGUGAAGCGAUAUGACAUGUCCCGUUCCUCCUCAAGAUAAUUUUAUUUACACAAUGGACAAUGUUUUAAAGCAACUUUGCUGAAAAAUCAUGCAAUAAUAAUGCUUCAAAUUCCAUAAGGCCCUCAUUUGGAAGUUCAAUUAAAAGAAAAGGAUGUCUUAGUAUAUUUUCCUGUAAACCCCAGUGAGAGAGCCAAAGGCAAGGAACGGAAAACUUCACAAGAUGUCAGGAGUAGAGAAAAAGCAAAAACCCUGGGAGCAACCUUAACUUUCCUGUCAGUUCUCCACCAUCCUAAAACGUCCAUAAAAAUAUCCUUAAAAACAGUUCCUGUGGUGUGAAAGCAGCAAGAGGCCCAAAGCUGUACAUCAGUUUACAUAUAAACUAAGCGUUUAAGAAAAAUAUUGCAAACAGACUGUCAUACAGGCUGAAAUACAACUUUUAAAAUCUGAACAGAUUUUUAAACGCUAGGAGUAUGUUUACACGACAGGGGUAUGUUUACAUAACAACGAUUGUACUAAAAAUGCUGAGGUUUUUUCUUUGUGUUUUUAAAAACAUUCGCAUACAGAUGACAAUGGGCCUAGCUAUCCGAUUGUGAAAAGACCAGGUGUAACUGCCCUCCGAAACGCUUUCGAAACAGUUAAAUCUGAUCGCUCAAACUUGCUGUGCUAUCUCCUGUUGUGGUCUUUGAUUUUGAAAUUAGCUGUUGAUGAAUAAAAUAACAUAAU